UCAUAUCCAUUUCUAAUAGAGAAAUUCUCCACGGUUACUUGAGAACAGAGUCCCAUUGCCAUCCCUGUUGGUUUCCCAAAACCAUUUCCCCUCGACGAGGCCGCGGCGGCUGUGCAUGAGCUGUGGAGGUGCGGCGGCUGCUGGACGCCGGUGCAGAUGCUGCACUACCUCUUCCGUGGCGCGGAUAACGGAGGGAGACGCGUGCACUGAUGAUCUACGCGGCGAGGAAAGCAGCGGCCGCGCUGCUCUCGCCGCCGCCGAGUAUCUCGUCUCCCUCCUCCCCGGGGCUUCAACUGCGAGUCCGAGGCCUCUGCACGAGGGCGAUCGAAGCGGUCUCAGAUCAGGCGCCCCGUGGGCGCGGCUGUGUUCCGAGCUCCUGGGCCAAAGCUCGUGACGUCCACGAUGCACGCAGGAAGUUCGACGAAAUUCCUGUAAGGAGCGCGCCGGCGUGGACGGCGACCAUCUCCGGCUGCGCGCGCGCGGGCAGGCACGCGGACGGCAUGCGCGCGUUCAGGGAGAUGAUGGCCGAAGGCGCGGCCGCGCCGAACGCCUUCGUCCUCGCCGGCGUCCUCAGGUGCUGCGCCGGGCUCGGCGACGUGGAGUCCGGCAAGCGCGUCCACGGGUGGAUGCUCAGGAACGGCGUGCGUUCAGAUGUGGUGCUCUGCAACGCGGUUAUUGAUAUGUACACCAAGUGUGGCAACCACGAGCGCGCCAAGCGGGUGUUCAGAGCAAUGGCCGAGAGGGACGCCGUCUCCUGGAACAUUGUUAUCAGCCUGUGUCUGCAGAACGGUGAUGUUCUGGGGGCGAUGCAGCUGUUCGAUGAAUCACCGUUGCGAGAUACUUCGAGCUGGAACACAAUCAUCAGUGGACUCAUGCGGAAUGGGUGUGCCGCUGAGGCACUGGACCGGCUCCGUAAAAUGGCGCGAGAUGGAGUUGCGUUCAGUCACUAUUCGUACUCCACGGCAUUUGCCUUGGCUGGCAUGCUUUCCGUGCUGGACUUGGGCCGGCAACUUCAUGGUCGUGUGGUGAUGGCUGCUUUGGACGAUGACGCAUUUGUCCGGAACUCUCUCAUGGACAUGUACUGCAAGUGCGGCGCAAUGGAGGCUGCUCUGUCACUCUUCGAUCGAUGGUCACAGAUCACUGGUGAUGUAAAAUUUGCAUGGAGCACGAUGGUCGCCGGGUACAUCCAGAAUGGCAGGGAGGAGGAAGCUCUCGAGUUCUUCCGCAGGAUGCUGCGUGAAGGGGUUGCUGCUGAUCAGUUCACCCUCACCAGUGCAGCUGCAGCGUGUGCAAAUGCAGGGAUGGUUGAGCAAGGCAGACAAUUGCACGGCUUUGUUGAGAAGCUAGGGCACGGAUUGGACGCGCCAAUGGCAUCUGCCUUCAUCGACAUGUACGCUAAGUGCGGCAGCCUUGAAGAUGCUCAUAGGAUAUUCGACAGUGCUCGGGCCAUGAAUGUUGCUCUUUGGACUGCGAUGCUGGGCUCGUAUGCAUCGUAUGGGCAAGGCAGGAUGGCAAUAGAGUUCUUCAAUAGAAUGAAAUCAGAAAAGAUCACACCAAAUGAGAUUACCUUUGUUGCUGUUCUAUCUGCUUGUAGCCAUAAUGGAUUGGUCAGUGAAGGAGACCACUUCUUCAAGCUAAUGCAAGAAGACUAUGGAAUUGUUCCAAGCACUGAGCACUAUAAUUGCAUGGUUGAUCUUUAUGGUCGAGCUGGAUUAGUCGAGAAGGCAAAGAAUUUCAUUGAGGAAAACAACAUCAACCAUGAAGCUAUUGUUUGGAAGACAUUGCUGUCAGCUUGUCGGCUUCACAAGCACAUUGAGUACGCAAAAUUGGCUUCUGAAAAGUUGAUUCAACUAGAGCAAUGUGAUGCUGGAUCAUAUGUUCUGAUGUCGAACAUGUAUGCCACCAACAGCAAAUGGCUUGACAUUUUCAAGCUCAGAAGUUCAAUGCGGGAAAGGAGAGUCAGGAAGCAGCCAGGUCAAUCUUGGAUCCAUCUGAGGAAUGCUGUGCAUACAUUUGUUGCAGGGGAUAUGUUGCACCCGAGAUCAGCUGAGAUUUAUGCUUACUUGGAGAAGCUGAUGGAGAGGCUGCACGAAAUGGGGUACACAAGUAGAAUUGAUCUUGUUGUUCACGAUGUUGAGGAGGAACAGAGAGAAACAACUCUAAAGUUCCACAGUGAGAAGCUUGCCAUUGCAUUUGGGAUCAUCAGCACUCCAAUUGGGGCGCCACUUCGGAUCUUCAAGAAUCUGCGUGUUUGUGAGGACUGCCAUGAAGCAAUCAAGUUCAUAAGCCGAGCCGCAGGUCGUGAGAUAGUUGUUCGAGACUUGUAUCGGUUUCAUCAUUUCAAGGAUGGUAGGUGUUCUUGUGAAGAUUUUUGGUGAAGGUUUUGCUUGAUCAUUUCUGGCGACAAAUUGUAGGUUGUAAUGUAUCUGCGCACACAUGACUUGUAGAGGUAGCAGCUGACUAAUAGGGCAAGGUACCUGGUUGACUAAUAGCGCGUGACAUGUAAAUUAUCUCCUGACAAUCCUCUUCAGCUUGCUUCAUAUACAAUUUUGCUGAGAGCUUGGGCGCACCAUCACCCCCAAGGGCAGGAAUUAGAAAAAGAAACUAGUUUGUUUGUGGAAGCAUUGAGGUCCAAGCAGGUAUGCUGUGUUCAUAAUUGAUUGCUUCAAACUCUUUCAUAACUUUGUUGCAUUACAAUUGUUUCUGUUCUGAUCUUCUCAUGCACCAAGAUGCGCACGAGAAACUUGUAACAUCUGAGGAAAAUAAAAAGGUAAGAGCAGGAAGCUCUUCAGGAUGAGCAGCUGGUAUCCGCCAACAAUCGAUAAAGCUCCUUCUGUGCGUCAUCAGAGGAACACUACACUGCCUUUGAUCUGAUUAGCUUAGAUUAGCACUGAUGGUGGUGUGAAACACAUUUCUAGAUGUAGUUUCGUUAAGAUGUAUGAUGUAUCAAUGAAUGUGUUGUAUUAAUUAUGUGUUUUCUUUCUUUCUUUUUGUAUCAAUGGAAGUAUACGAAUGAUUUUGUGGGAAAUUAUCAAACAGAUUUGUUUUUGCGUUGUACGAA